AAUAUAGAAUGGUUAUCAAUUAUCUAUAUUAAAAAAUUUAUUUGUAGAUUUCCAAAGAUCAUAUGGUAGAUUUUUAAAUUUGUCAUGACCAAUAUAAAUAAGAAGGGCGAUAUAAAUUUAAGCCUUCAACCUCGGCUAAUAAGGUUGCUCUCAAAUCCAGAAUUUGAUGCUAAAAAUUAUGUUAAAGAAAUAUAUCAAACUGGAGAUCAAAAUGAUCUAUAUGAUGCCAAGGGCAGAGUUCAAAAUUUAUAUGAUGAAACAGCACAGUUGCUCAAAAAAAAUGUUUAUAAAAAUAAUUCUAUUUUCAUUGAUACUGCCAGAGAUAUAUCUUUUUUAGAAAGUGAAAUGUACCAUUUACAUCAAAAAAUUAGUCAGCAGAAAACUAUAUUAAACAAUUUAGAAUCUAUAACUAUAUCUGGCUUAAAAUUUUUACCUUUAAAAACAGAUAAAGAAAAUGAAAAAGUUUAUAAGAAAUUAUUUUCUAAUUCUUUGGAUGAAAUUGAAGACAAUCACCUUUUGCAAAAAUUUAAAGACAAUUUAGUAUUAUAUCAAGGAGACAUGAUUCAACUUGAAGAAAUGCAAGUUGGCCAAUAUGUACCAAUUCACAAGUGCAAAUGUUUUUUAUUAGAAGAUAGCUUUAUUAUUUGUGCUUAUCAAAACACUUUUGAAAACUCAUUUGAUAUUGACGAUACUUUAUCCAAUGCACAUCAAACAAAUAAAGAAACUAAAAAACAAGAAGCAAGAAAUUAUAAAAAUUUUAUAGUUAAUGACCACAAACAUAUUGACCAGUCUUCUUAUAGAUUUAAAUUUUUAUAUCUAUAUCCAUUGAAUACUUUAGCAUUGAUUAAUAUAAAGGAUAAUAGUUUUAUUGAAAGAGAUAAUUCAGUGAAUGAUGCAAAGUUCACCUGCCUAAUAAAGUUAUUAAUGUACCCUGACACCCUUAUUCUAAAAGCAAAUGAUGAAAGAUCUAAAAGUGAAUGGUUAAAUGCUGUAGACAAUGCUAAAAAACAUUACAUGAAAGGAACAAAGCUACCAAAUUAUGAUGAACAACCUAAGAUUACACCUAAAUUAUCCAAUAAUAAAUCCGAUGAUACCAAAUCUACUAUGAUAUCAAAACAGAAAAUUGAAACCAAAAACACUCUAAAUGAAGAUUUCACCUUAGAGGAAUCUAUCCUAGAUGACUAUGAAGAUGAGAUGGAAAUGUUUAUUGCCCAACGGCAGUUUGAAAAAGCUGUUACCCUUCUCAAAAAAAUACAGAAACACCUAAAGAACAAAUCCUGGGAUCCCUCCUCAUCAAUAACCUUGCAAGAGGUUGAACAAAAAUGUCAGGAACUCCGUGAAUCUCUGGUAGAGUUGUUAUCGCAAGAGAUGGGUGGAACUUACAAACCCCUUCCACUUUCCUCUUCGCCACCUAGUUCUUUAGACACCAAAUCUCCACCAAGACUCCUCUCCAUUGAAGAUGCCAAUCCUCAAGUCAAUCAUUAUGUUAAUCAUGAGGUGCUUCGCUCAUUGGCAGCCCUAGGUGAAAGUGAUCGGGCUCUGCGACUCUUCCUAAUGACUGCCUCCAUUUCCACUUCUGCAUUUUCUGCAAGAUUGACCCUUGGGGCAGACCCAGCCUUAAGAGCUGAAAAAAUAGGGGAAAUAUUUUGGGGGCGCUUAGCAGAAACAGUGGCCUUUGUGACUUACUCACAACAAAUUUUUCCAGACCAAGGGGCUGCUAAGGCUAUUUUACAUGCCUGGCUAACUAGUACAGAACUCAGGAGAUUUAUCACCUUCCUCCUAUCACUCUUGGAUCCCAGGGAUUUGGGCCUAAUCGCUCGAGCACUCUCAGCUGUUCGCUCUCAGUGUGUUACGCUUUCGGCCGAAGAAGCUUUGGGCCUCGACCUAGUGUACGCCUUUGACACGCUGACCGAUACCGCGGUCAGUCGAGCCCUGGAUAAGCGUUUGGAAAAAAUGCGCGAAUCUAGCAGAGCGCGAGUUUUCGAGGAACGCUUUGCCCCGCUCGAAAAUACCCCCGAUAUUAAAACCUCCAAAGAAUUUAUCGCGGAUUUAGCCGGUUUCGACGACGGUCUUGACCUAACAAUCCCCUCACUGUCUCGUAUCACGUGCCUCUUUCUCCGAGACCUAGCUGCUUUUAUGGGUGAACUUAGAUUGCUUUACACACCUAAUCGGUACGCGCUAUUUAAGGAAGCGGCUUUAGAAGUUUUUCUGGAUAAUUUACGACACCUUACGGCAAACGUGACCACUCUUCCAGACGCGCGUCACUUGCUCAGCCAGGUUGUGCCUUGGCUCGAUUCCCAUUGGUCAACUACGGUUGGCUUUAAUGACCCCUUUAAAACGCUGGGUAACAUCACGGUAGAGGAUAUAGUGGAGAAUGCUCGUUGUGAUAUCGUAGACGACGCGAAAAAUAAAGGGCAUGAGACGGAUAUCACAAAAACAAAUAACUCUAGUAAGAACGGAGCAGAAAAUCAUAAUGGUACUCAUGAUGAAAAGGUUGAUUUUGUAUGAACGAUAUGAUUGAUUUAUCGUCAUUCACAUCGGUUGGUAAAUAGUCCGUAAAUUUUUUUUUAAAAUGUUAUUUAUUUAUUAUAUAAAUAUCUAUUUAUGUUUCACGAUAAAAUUGGAUAUUUAUCUGUUUUAUUCUUUCUUUCUUUCUUUCUUUCCACAUCGGUUGGUAAAUAGUCCGUAAAUUUUUUUUUUAAAUGUUAU